AUGGUGGUGCCGAUGGUAAAACUUUCGUCGGGCUACGAAAUGCCGUUGUUGGGUCUUGGAACAAGGCGGAGUAAUCCUGGAGAGAUGGGAAAAGCUGUCGAAGUCGCUGUUAAUACCGGCUAUACUCAUAUCGAUUGUGCAUGGUUGUAUAAUAAUCAGAAGCACGUAGUGGAGAUCCUUGAUCAGUUACAAUUGACGUAUAUUGACUUAAUGCUUAUUCACUGGCCAGUCGCCUAUGAGGAAGGCGGCGAUCCAUUUCCAAAGAGACCGGGCAGUGACAAGCUGAAACACUCAAGUGAAGAUUACGUGACAACUUGGACUGUCCUGGAAGAUUUUGUCAAAGAGAGAAAGAUUCGAAAUAUUGGCAUCUCGAAUUUCAAUCACAAACAGAUCGAGCGGUUAAUCGCCAACAGCACUAUCAAACCGGCUGUUCUACAGGUUGAGCUUCAUCCGUAUCUGCAACAGAAGAACUUGCGAGAGUUUUGCAAGCAGAACGGAAUUGCAGUAACGGCCUACAGUUCUCUUGGCAAUCCUGGCUCAGCAUAUUUUCGUAAACCUGGUGAUCCUAAUAUUCUAACCGACCCCGUUGUGACGAGAAUCGCUGCGGCACAUGGAAAGACACCAGCUCAGGUUUCCCUUCGUUGGGCUGUACAGCAGAACAUAAUUGUCAUUCCGAAAUCAACGUCAGAAGAGCGAAUCAAAGAGAACUCGGCUGUGUUCGACUUCCAGCUGACCGAAGCCGAAAUGAAGGAGAUCGACGGGCUCGAUCGCGGAUGGCGUAUCGUCGACCUCAGCGCUCGCGAUUCUCAAAAUCCUCAUUUCCCAUUUUUCGAGGAAUACUAA